AUGACAGCCGAGCAGUCGACACAGCUGCUCGUAGCGCUCCUCACCCUCCCAGCCUCGUCGCUCCCCUCGACCCUGGCCCUCCCCACCAUCGCCGACUCGCUGUCAUCGCUCCUCGCCGCGAGCCGCUCGACCCAGCACCAGCAGCGCACCAGCGAUGACACGCGCCAGCUCCUCCAGGCCGUCAUCGCCCGCGCAGCACCCGUCAAAGGCGCCCUCACGAGCCUGUCGCUCGUCGCCCACUACCUUGCCGCCUUCCUCCCGCUCAACGCCCACCUCGCACGCGCCACGGCCCACGAGGCCCUCACGGCCAAUGCCCGCCUCGCCCAGCAGGUCCGCACCGACGGCCUCGACGCCCUCAAGCUCGCCCUCGGCCGCGCCGGCACCCCAGACGACGAGCACGGCAACGGCGCCAUCGACGCGGCGACUACGCUCCUCGCGCUCGUGCAGGGCACCCUCGAGUGCUUCUCGCCCCAGUCGACUGCGGGCGCGACCGCAGCGACCGACUGCCUCGCUGCCCUCGCGGGCGCGUACGCCCGCCUCGAGGCCGACUCGGCCCCGGCGCUCGACUCGCUCCGGCUCGCCAUCGUCGACACGGCCCACGCCCUCGUCCUCACGACCUCGUCCGCCCUCUCGACAUCGUCCUCGGCAGCUCACGCCUCGUCGACCGCCCUCGACUGCCUCAAGGACCUCCUCGUCGUCCUCCUUCCGCCGCGCUCGAGCGCGGCAGGCCCGUCCGCCCUCGCGCUCGACCUCGCGUCGCUCGCGCCCGGCCUUGCAGCGACGCUCACCGACGCUGUGACGGGCUCGGUCGGGCCGACGGCGCGCCAGGUCAAGGACCUCGUCGGCGGGCUGCGGCGCGCAGGGGAGGGAGCGGCGGGCGAGGCGCCAGACUGGGUCGCAAGGCUGCGCCGGGCGCAGCAGGUCGGUGGAGCGGCAGACGCCGGUGUCGGGCUCGGGCGGGACAAGGGGAAGGAGGUGGCGCUCGCCGGGGCCAUCUCGCACCUGCUCGACCUCUUCCCGCACCUGCCCGCACCCUUCCUCCGAGCUGCCCUCGUCCACCCGACCUUCUCCUCGUCGGGCAAUCUCGAACGCGCCACCGAGUCGCUCGUCGCUUCCCUCCUCGACGAUGCACCUCUUCCUGCCGACCUCGUCGCCCUGCGCGACGGCGCCGCGCCCUCGCCCGCACCCGCUCCCGCUCCUCCCGCGCCCACCAAGCCUGCGCCUUCCCACUCGCCUGCGCCGGCCGCGCCCGCUCGCGCCAACGUCCACGACGACGACCGCCUCUUUUCGCGCGGGACGCUCCUCGGCCCCAGAACGGCGCGCCGUUCGCCACCUGCGAGCGCUCGGGCCUCGAGCGGCGGCCUCGCGCUCGACGAGUCGCUCAAGGCGAGCAUCAUAGCGCUCACCGAAGCGCCGUCGUCGGACGAGGACGACGACGACGACGCGUACGGCGAGGCGUUCCUCGAGGGCGACGAGGACGGCGGGCCACGCGUCAAGGUCGGCGACGGCGAGCCCAAGGACGGCGAGGGAUCGUCGGACGAGGACGGCGAGCACGGCGGCACGCGCACGCCGCGAGGAGGGUUCGACGGCCCGCAGGGCGGCAGCACGACGGCGUCGUCGAGCGCGCCGCCGGCUCGCGCCGCUGCGCCCGCUCAGGCCGCCGGCUACGGGCCCGCCGUCACGCUCACGCUCGAGAGCGCCUACCUCGCGCACCCCGAGGUGUUUGCGCGCGACAGCGCGACGCGCAGGGGCAAGGCGCGCAAGGUGUUGCGCGAGCGCACCGGGCUCGGCGACGAGCAGAUCGAGGGGUGGAAGAGCAUGCUCGAGCGCGAUGCCAAGAAGAUGCAGCGCCUCAAGGACAAGCAUCAAGACCUCGCCGCCGGCGGCAACCGGCCCUCGGCGCCCUCUUCUUCGGCGCACCGGGCCGCCGGUGCGUCGUCGUCCGCCACAGGGGCGCACGAGCGUCCGCCUCACCAGCAGCAGCAGCAGAAGCAGCAGGAGGGCUCGAGCGCCGGCGACGGGGCAGGAGGCGGGCGAGGAGGAGCGAGCGGUGGACGGGGCGGCGCACGAGGCGGUGGAGCAUCGAGGGGCAGGGGCGAUGGUGGGCGAAAGGAGCAUGACCGAGCCAAGAGGGGAAGGGACCGCAAGAUGGCGAGGAUGGGCGCGGCGCCGUAG